AUGCGCAUCUUUGCUCUUAGUCUUGUCUUGGCAGCAGUUUACAGCUUACAAAUGGUCGAUGGACAACCGCAACCAGAACCCGACAGCGGCAAUGUGCUCUGCAGUAAAUUAGUUAGCGGUGAACUCGAUGGGUUUACAAGAUCUAUCAUGGAAGAAUUAUGCGAAGAUGGGGACUUUGGUACGCAAGGAUCAGGAUGGUUUUAA